UGGUUUUGAAUGCACUAUUUGCAUAGAAGAACACUAAAUAUGUGCAGCACACCUCCUGUUCCUGUUUUUUCUCCUUUUUCCCUUUUACUACCCCUUUGGACUAACGCCAUAACAGAUUUUCUUUACGAGGGUAGUUUCAUAGUUUCAUUGUGUCGACUACCACAGGACAAAGUUCAGGUCUGAGACCAGUGCGAGCAGCAGAAAGGUAGAGAUGAUGGCGUCUGUGUUGGCCCCUCUUGUCUUCGGCGUCCUCCUGACUGGGACGCUGUCAGUCCUGCUGUUAUCUCCAGGGGCGGAGCGGGCCUCUCCGUGCCCACCGCGGUGGCACCAGUUCGGGGAAAGAUGCUUCGCAUUCCACCCCGUGUGGAGCUCCUGGCACGCCGCCGAGUCUUUAUGCUCUCAGACAGGUUACCACCUGGCAUCUCCACACACACCUGGGGAGCUGCUGUUUGUCUCUCAGCUGGCAGACACACACACUCCUGUGUGGCUGGGCGGUUACCACAAACAACAGAAUGCCUCUGAUCCGACCAAUCAGACGGCAGGAAUGGCUUGCAUGCAAAUGGAUCCAAAAAGUGGGGAGCUGGACGGUGCCCCCUGUGAAGAGCUCAGCUUCUACAUCUGCUCCACCAACACCAGCAGCUCUGAAGUCUUUGCAAAGAACAACGAUCCAGUUCAGCCACAAAUGGUCCCUAAUGUGAGUCUGUUUGACGUCAUGUGGGGUGAGAGCAACAUGUUGGCGGUGGAGGUCCUCCACUCGUCCUCCUUCCUCAAGGAACUCUGGUCCGGUCGGCUGACGCAGGGCUGCUACGCCCGCUUCAUGCAGCAGGAGGCGCUGUAUCUUCACAGAGUCAGCAGCACACUGGAGGUCCUGCUCAGUGGUUUGCAGGAAGCCGAUGACAUGAGGUCGCUGCUGAUGGACACGCUCAAACACUACAGCAGCAGGAACCAGAGCCUCCUCGAUUCGCCUCCUCCACUGUGGCUCCAGCUCUCCCUCCGGUCUUUCCACUCGGUGGUCUUGGAGGAGCCGGUCUAUUGGGUGGUGGCUCUGCUGGCCCGGGCCUCCCUCCGUAACUUCCUGGCUGAGGAGCUGCAGAUGUCAGAGGUCAGAGCCAGCAGCUUCUACCAGGAGUGGAGCGACGAGAGUCGGAAAGAGUUUGCCUGGACACAAAGGUACAGAAAGGCGAUAGAGGAACACCAGGAUCAGAUGCACGUCUACAAAGCCAUCGACAUCUUUAGAGACCACAUGAUGAACCAGAGGAAUUUCUACAAGGCCGUAGACUGUGACGUAGGAGGAGAGCAAGAUGGGAAACGCUUGUGAAGGUGUAUGGUCUCUUAAAGCAGGACCUACUUUCCACCAGGAUGAAGGGACACAUCUACAAACACCAAACUUCAAGCCAAGAACGGCGAACUUUACCUUAGACAUUGGUGUUUUUGCGUCGUUCUGCCUUUUGUUACACUACACCACACAACUGGAAAGCUCCUUUUUUCUUCAAAACACCAGCAGGUUACUUUAGUUUCCAUCAGGAAACUCUUUUUUUUAAUUUAUGUACCAUGUGAACUUGAGGGCGUAGUCACUUCAUCACUUGAACAUUAAGAUUUUGAAGAUUAAGGUUUUAGCUAUGAUGGUGAAGCCGGGUUAACCGGGUUAGCUGUGAAGUUCCUUAGCAAACAUAAUCUGUAUUCGGGGUUCAGAACCAAAUAAACUAUUG